AAUACAAGUCCAAAUGCACCAAAUUAAUUAAAGAGUUAUACAGCAUCAUAUAUAAAACAAAAAACAGCUACUAAAUAAUAUUUGGUUGCACCAAAAUGGUUAAAAGUAUUGUUAUUGAUUUGGGUGAAGAAAAUUGUAAUAAGGAAUAUGAAGGAGCAACAAAUGCUAGAAUUCUUCCUGUUUCAGCCACUCCCACAAAGCAAAAGACUGAGGAAAGAAUAGUGGGGAAAUCUGCUAAAUUUCUUCAUUGGAUAGGCUACGAAGAAAUCUUCUCAUCACAGGUAUGGAGAGCAUCUGUGGCAGAACUCUUAAGCACAGCUAUCCUAGUAUUCAUGUUAGAUACAAUUUUCAUAUCCUCAAAAAUCAACAAUGAUACACCCAACAUUAUAUUAGCUUGUUUUGUUGCUAUCAUUGUAGCAUUUCUCCGCCUUACCACCCACCCCAUUUCUGGUGGCCACAUCAACCCAACCAUCACCAUCUCCGCCGCUUUCAUGGGCCUCAUUUCGUUUUGUCGGGCCAUGAUCUAUCUCAUAGCCCAAUGUAUUGGAUCCAUUCUAGGUGCUUGGGCCCUUCAAGGCAUGUUUGCAGGAUCCACUACACAUAGCUACUUGUUAGGAGGAUGUACUCUAGUUGUGGCCACUUUGGGCCCAGAUGGGCCUACUACAGUUGGAAUUGAAAUAGCCCAAGGUCUUUGGACCGAGAUUAUUUACACUUUUAUUUUCUUAUUCUCAGUUUGGAUGGCCUUUGACCAAAAAAGGUCAAAGGAAUUGGGCCAAGUUGUAAUGUGUGCAAUUACUGGUGUUGUUGUUGGGCUUACUAUGUAUCUGUCCAGUACAGUGACAACAAAGAAAGGUUACACUGGAGCAGUUAUUAAUCCAGCAAGGUGUAUUGGGCCUGCUGUUGUCAGGGGAGGCCAUCUUUGGGCUGAUCAUUGGGUUUUUUGGGUUGGGCCUAUAAUUGCUUGCAUUGCAUUUUAUCUUUAUAGUAUGAUUCUUCCACUUCAGCACUUCAAAGCAAGGAUGAUCAAGGAAUAAAGACUAGUAUAUUACUAUUGAUUAUUGAGAGUAUUUUUUAUUUUUUUUUGUUAUGUAAUAUAGUAAGUAAAGUUCAUAUCAGAAUAUACAUGUAAUUGUUAAUACGUCAUGUGGUCAACUCGAGAAUUGGUGACCAAACAACUAGAUGAGACAACUUUUAGUUCAGAGUAUACAAGCAUAUUAUAUGUUAUGGUGA